AUGCCCAUGAACUGGGCAGAAAGAGCCAGAACUGAAGCGGGGCUCAAGCAGCCCGCGGCCGACCAGGCCCAGCCGGCUCCGCGGGCCAAGUGCCCCCCGGGGGUCCUCUACUUCGGGAAUAGCUGCUAUGAGCUUUUUCAAAUUGCAGACACGUGGGAGUCUGCGGAGGCCGAGUGCCAGUUCCACCGGGAGGGGGCGCAGCUGGCCUCCAUUCUCACCGGCGCAGAGGAGCGGGCCCUUACCGCGCACAUCAGGCGCGUGAGCACGGCCGGCGACGUCUGGAUCGGCCUCAGCGCAACGCGGACGCCGAAGAAGCUGGUCUGGCGGUGGAGCGACGGGUCCGCGUACGUCUCCGGGACGGCCCUGUGGGACAACAGGGUCCCCAGCACCACUGUGUCCACCCUGGAGUGCAUCUCUCUUACCAACGUGCAGAACCCCGCAAAUACUUCCAGGUGGCUGCAGCGCAUGUGCGCCACCGCCUUGCCGUACGUUUGCAAGUACAAAGCGGGCUUCUAG